CAGAUGAGCAGUUCUCACAGAGUGAAUAAAAUGUCUCUACAACACACCCAACUCCCCUCUCUGCCAUCGGACUUGUACAAACACAGAUCUCGUCUCUCCAUACUUCUUAAUCCCUCACUCUCACCGGGGUUACCUCCGGGAGAUAUGGCGUGGGUGGGAGAAAAAACUAUUAAAUGUUUGACGGAUUGAAGUGGAGAACGGGUGUGGCUUUUGGCUUCGACAAAACUGGAAUCCUUCCGCGUUUUUAUUUCUGCCCUCAAACCUCGUAUGGAGAGGAGGUCGGGACGCUCGUGCGUAGGUUUAAUUUGAGCAUUGCUUCAGUUUCGCUUUGCUGUCUUUGAUGAGUUCUCUGCGGACAUAGCUUGCUGUUUGCAUUUUUUUUUCAAAUUCUGUGUUUGUUUGGACCUUGUCCGUUGGUAUUCUUUGUGCUCAAGUAUGAGCUUGUACGGGUCCCAAAGAGCCCUGAAUCAGAGAGGCUCUCGGAGCGACCUCACGGGCGGCGGAUUUCCAUACGCCCGAAGCGAAAUGGUCGGGCCCGGGGGUAAUGGAUAUGCUCAUGAGUACACGGAGGGCUACCACACUUACACCAAAGGCUCCGCAAGCGGCGGGCAGAGGCCCUCAAACGUUGGCGGGGCUUACCAAAGGGCCAUGCUCCUGCAGGACCAGUGUCAAGAUGGCCUGCGUCGGGCUGAGAUGCUCCUGCAGACUGGAGGGGAUGCCACUCUUAUGAGGGAGGUAGAGCAUUUAAUGGGCUUGGCAAGAGAAAAGAUCGAUCAGCUGAAAGGCAUCGCCGUAGAGCUCAGACAGAUGGGCCAACCUAAUGAUAAUGUGGUUCGAAGUGUGGAGCAGUGUAAGGACCAGCUGAAAGGGGUGCACAUGGCCAUGACUGGCAGUAUGCAGCGGCGCUCUCGCUCCAGCAGAACGAGCAGCACCUGGGAGGAGGUGUCAGUUAGGAGCUACCAGGAGGCUCUGGCAUGGAUUGGACAGCAGAAGCGCCUGAUGGAGACAUGUGCCUGGGCAGAUGAACCAGCAGCAAUCGAACAGCAGCUUCUGAAGCACAAUCGUUUCCACAGCAGCAUUCAGAGAAGCUCGGAGGUGGACAGAGCCAGGGAGGAGCUGAUGCAGAAAGGUGAUAAAGGUGGUGUGUAUUCACUGGACCAGGAAUGGGACAGCCUACAGAAAAUGUCAUUCUUGCGUACACAGCAACUUCGUGAGUUGCAGGGCAUCAUUGAGGAGAUCUCCCGUGAUAUCAUGUGGGUGAAUGAGAGAGAGGAGGAGGAGCUGCUCUUUAACUGGGGACACCAAAACAUUGACACCUACAUCCCCCGCAAACAAGACAGCUACUCUAAUCUAAUGAGUGCUCUCGAGGAGAAGGAGAAAGACCUGAACAAGCUGAAGGUGAAGGUAGACAACCUGCUGAAGAGCAAACACCCUGCCUCCGACAAGAUACAGGCUUACAUGGAAACCCUGCAGACUCAGUGGAGUUGGCUCCUGCAGAUCACCAAAUGCAUUGAUGUUCAUCUCAAGGAGAACGCAACCUAUAGCCAGUUCUUCAAGGAGGCGAAUGACACGUUCAGCCGUCUACAGAGAGAUCAUGAAAAUAUCCGUAAGAAAUUCACUUGCAGUAAAACCACACCCCUGCCCAACCUGCUGGAACUUCUUCAGGGCCUGGAGACGGAGAAGGAGCGCCUGGCGGAGCACAAGCAGCAGGUGGCUCACCUGGCCAGCAAAGCCAAGCGCAUCGUCAGGCUGAAGCCCAGGAGCCCAGAGGAGAAGAGCAGCAGCCAUGUCAUCGUUCAGGCCCUGUGUGACUUCAAGCAGGACCAGACAGUGAUCCGUAAGGGCGACGAGGCCAUUCUGAAGGACAACUCCCAGCGGAGUAAGUGGUGUGUGACCGGACCAGGAGGGCUGGACAUGACCGUGCCCUCCGUCUGUCUGCUGGUGCCGCCGCCAAACACUCUCAGCAUCAGCCUGGCCAGCAAGAAUGAGCAAUACUAUGAGGCGAUCCAGUCCCUGUGGAAUCAGUUCUACAUCAACAUCAAGAGUCUUAUCUCCUGGCAGUACUGCAUCCAGGACAUCAACCACAUUAGGAGCCUCACCAUCACCAUGCUGUAUCAGAUGAGACCAGAGGAGUACCAGAAAAUCAUAAUGAGCCUGGAGAGGCACUACCAGGAGUUCCGCCAGCACUGUCUUGGCUCGCAGAUGUUCGUCGACGACGACAAGAGGAGCAUCGAGUCUCAGUACACAAACGCCCAGCAGCAUUACGACACACUGGUCACACAGCUACCAGCUUACAGUGCACAGCAGCAGCAGCAGCAGCAGGUGCAGCAGCAGCAGGUGCAGCAGCAGCAGCAGCAGGUGCAGCAGCAGAGUGUUAGGAAGCAGGAAGUCAAGGUUGUAAAGCAGGAAGUGAUGAAGGAAGUAAGAAAGGAAGUGAAGAAGCCUGUGCAGUCAAAGGUCGUGAUCUCUGUCAGCUCGACCCUCCUGAGUGAUCUGAGUGCCCUCCGACUGAGGCUGGAGGGGGCAGAGUCCCAACUCACCCAGUACCUGCACAUUCCAGUGGGAAAGACAUGCAGUGCACACCUCACACAACUGCAGGGAGUGCAACGCGAGAUAGACGGGGUGAGAGCAGAGUACGAACGCUUGAAGCAGCUGAUCCUCCAGCAAAUGCAGGGGAUAUCUGACGCAGACAAAGCCAAGUUCCUGCGCUCUGAGCUGGGCCACAUCAAUCAGCGAAUCAGCCUGCUGGAGGGAUUCUCCAAAGCCUAUCUUGAGAGGUGUGGGGCGGUGUGUUCCCUGCAGCAGUUGGAGCAGCAGGUGGAGGAUAUAGUGAAGGUGUACGAGGCCCGUCUGACGGAGAGAGAGACCACCAGCCUGGAGCCCUCCAUUGUUCAGGAGGACAGCAGUGCCCUGCAGGCCAUGCAGGCAGAGCUUCAGGAGAAGGAGUCAGUGUUGAGUGCCAUGGAAGCAGAGCUGGCAAAAGCCCAGCAGCUGAAUGACCAGGUGGACCAUGCCUUCCACAAGUGUGACAUCGAACUGUGCCAACACGCCGAGCUGGUUGGUCAGCUCUCAGACCGCUGGCUCCGCAUCAGGAACCAGAUAAACACCAGGGUGAUGGAUCUGGACUCCUACCUGAUUCUGCUUCAGCGGUACCUGCAGUCCAGCUCUGGCCUCAAUGACUGGAUAGACGACACCAGACAGCGACUUGACACCAUGCGCGCCACCAAGACGGACGACAUCGCCGUCCUGACACAGCACCACAGCAAGCAGAAGGAGCUGAAUUCUGAGAUUGUGGGGAAGAGAGGGACUGUGGAAUGUGUGCAGAGGGAUGCUGACAACCUGGUCAAUGCCAUCAAGGACUAUGAGCUGCAGCUGGCCUCCUACAGUGCAGGCCUGGAGACUCUACUGAACAUCCCCAUUAAGAGAAACCUACUCCAGUCCCCAUCACUCACGGUCACACAGGAGGUUUCCACCCUGCAGAUACGCUACAUGGAGCUGCUCACCAGCUCGUCUGACUACUACAAACACCUAGGACAUAUGCUGAAGAACCUGGAGGAACUGAAGCUUCGUGGCACUCGGAUCGAACUCUUUGAGGAGGAGCUGAUCAGACUGAGGGAGGAGCUAGCGUCACGUGCCGAUGAGAGCCAGCACCUUCUGGAGGCCAGCAGGAUACGUGAGGAGGAACUGGCGCGCUCCCAGGACCAGCUCCUCUCCAUGGAGGAGUCCAAGAGAAGUCAGGCCCUGAACCUAGGCUCCUCCCAGGACCGCCUGAAUGAGCUGAUGGCCCAGUUGCGGUCCCUGGAGCUUCGACUGGAGGAGGAGGCACGCCUGCGGCGGCUGGCGGAGGAGCGCUACGGCGGGCUGCAGGAGGAACUGGACGAGGAGGCACAGAGGAGCCAGCAAAAGCUGGACGAGGCCAGGAAGACCCGGAUGGAGCUGGAGAACAGCAUGGCAGACAGGGACAGGGAGGCGCAACGCCUGCGGGUCCAGCUCCAGGAAGAGGCGCAAAGAGCCCAGGAGGCAGAGCGAGAGCUGAGGGAGGCGCAGGAGCGACACAGCUCAGACCUCAAGGAGGUGCAGCAAAGUUACGAGUCGCGCAUCAGCGUCACCCAGACCAAUGUGCUCCUCCUACAGCAGCAGAGGGAGGAGCAGGAGCAGCUGCAGGCAAGGAGCAAUGAGGUGCAAGAUGAGGCACAGAGGCUGCGGCAGGCUCUGGCCGAAGAGCAGGAGCGCCGAAGGAAGGCUGAGGAGGAAAUGCAGCAGCAGAAGAAAGCGGCCCAGGAGGAGCAAGGCAAGCGGCGGCGUGUGGAGGCACAGCUGGAGCAGAGCACCCUGACGGUGCAGGAGUACACCGCCACACUCACCGCCCUGCAGAGGAGCCAGGAGGAGGCUGCCGCCGAGCUCAGACAGGCCUGGGAUGAGGCCCGGGCCCGCCACGAGGACCUAGAACGCCUGCAGAGGGAGCAGAUCAUCUCCUCGGAGCUGGCAAACACCUUGCAAGAGGAGCUGAGGGCACUCAGGCUGCAGCUCACCCAAAACGAGGCGCGAACCCAAGACGAGAACCAGCGACUUGAGGAGCUCCAGCGCCUCCUGGAGGAGAAGGCCCGGCUGCUGAACGAGAGGCUGGCAGAGAUCCAGCGCCUCCAGGCCCUCACAGAGGAGCUCACCAAAGAGCGCCUGCAACUGGAAGAGGAGGUCAGGGCCUUGCGCAUACAGCAAGGAGAGAUGAGGGAGGGCUGGGAACAGGAGCAUGAGGCCCAGAUCAGCGCACUCACACUGCAGAUGCAGAACAACCAGAAGCUCUGCCAGGAGCAGCAGCGCCUCCUCAAGGAGGUCUCGGUGGAGCGAGACAAACUCAAAGAGGAGGUUGAGAGGCUGCGGAAGCAAGUCAGUGUGACAUCUGCGGAGCUGCAGCGGUCUGAGAAGCAGUGCGCUGAGCUCCGUGCCCAGCGGGAGGCGCUGGAGAGGCGCCUGAAGGAGCUGGAGGAGGAGCUGAAGCGCCUGCGUGUCUCUCUGGAGGAGGCGCAGAGGCUGCACCAGAAGCUCCAGCAGCAGCUGGAGACCCUCAAGCGAGAGCUGGCCACCCGUGAGGCGGAGACCAAGCGCUGGCAGGUGGAGAGGAGCGAGCUCCUGCUGCGCAUCAAGAAGAUGGAGGAAAGGCCCGACGUCUGCCACGCACAGAUACAGACCGAAGCCUUGCGCCCUCUCCGCGACCCCUCCACCCUGAUGUUCCAGGGCGUGUGCGCUCAGGUCAGUGCCCAACAGCUGCGUGACUGUGGCCUGCUGGGGCAGCCGACGCUCGACCAGCUGCUGAAGGACGAGCGCAGUGUGGACGAAGUGGAUGCCCAGCUGCAGCCCGCGCUGCGCGGAGCGAGGGUCAUCGCAGGGAUGGCAGCAGGACCAAAGGGCAAGAUGACCCUGGCAGAGGCCCUUAAGGAGAAGCUACUGUCGCGCGAGAGCGCCCUACGGCUGCUAGAGGCCCAGGCAGCCACGGGUGGGCUGAUCGACCCAUCCGACCCCCAUCGGCGAAGGCGCGUGGACGAAGGACAGGCCUCUGGGCUGGUGCCGCGUUGCUCACGUGAUCGUCUGCUGGAAGCCGAGUCUGCCUGCUUGGGCAUACGUGACCCAGGGACCAGCCAGCGCCUGGGAGUGGGGCGGGCUCACAGACGGGGACUGAGGGACGAGGUUGUGACCCUGCAGCUGUUGCAGGCCCAGGAGGCAAUAGGGGGCGUGCUGGACCCCAGCCUCAGCGUCUUCCUCCCGCGGGACUUGGCCACGGACCGCAGCCUAUUGGACGUGGAGAUGUACACCACCCUGAACAUGAAACCCACUUCCUACCUGGACCCGCUCACCCAGCGCCCUUGCACCUACACCACACUGCAAGAGAUGUGCAUCACCGACCCCUCCACUGGCCUGCUGUUGCUGCCGCCUCCAAAGGCAGUGCUGACUGUGCAGGGUCUCAGAGCUGAUGUACCCGUGUGGGAACUGGUGGGUGUAGGUCUUCUGGAGCCCGAGGACCUGGAGCAUCUGCUGAACGGCCGUCUGCACCUAGAUGACAUCAAGCUGCGUCUGCGCACCUACCUGCGCGAGUGCGGUUGCAUUGCAGGUGUGCAGGAGCAGCCGAGUGGACGCAGCCUGACACUGCACGAGGCCCUGCAAGCGGGGCUGCUGAGUAAAGAAGUGGCCCUGGAGCUACUGGAGGGUCAGACCGCAUGCGGAUUCGUCAUGGACCCGCGUGAGGGCCGGGGUUUUACAGUACAGGAAGCCUACAGCAAGGGGCUCGUAGGGGCAGAGUUUAAAGAGGCCCUGCUCAAAGCUGAAAAGGCUGUGACUGGCUACAGCCAGCCUGGAGGUGCCCCCGUGCUCUGCCUGUCGCAGGCCCUGCAGCGUGGGCAGGUAGAGAGGAGCUAUGGUCUGCGUCUGUUGGGGGCUCAGCUGGGCAGUGGCGGCAUUGUCGACCCCUGGCUGAGCAUCCGCAUCCCUCCAGAUACAGCUGUCCAGCGCGGCCUGCUGACCCAGGACCUCCGCGAGACACUUGAGGUUCAAGGGGGUGCCAACGGGGGCUUCAUAGACACCAACAACAGUCAGGCGAAGCUCAGCUACACCGAGCUGAUGCAGCGCUGUAGCAAGGACCCGAAGACCGGGCAGCUGCUUCUGCCUGCCACUGUGCCCACCAGCCAGAAGAACACAGUCAGGAAGAGGAGGGUGGUGAUCGUCGACCCCGACAGUGGGCGUGAGAUGACUGUUAAGCAAGCGUACGAGGCGAAGCUCAUUGACUACGAGACAUUUGUGGAGCUCUCGCAGCAGGAGUGCGAGUGGGAGGAGAUCACCAUCACGGCUGCGGACGGCUCCAAGAGGCUGGUCAUCAUGGACCGGACCCAGGGCGUGGAGUAUGACGUGCAGGAGCUGCUUAAGCAGGGCGUAGUCAAACAGGCUCAGUUGGAUCAGUACCGUGCUGGGAGUCUCACUCUAGCGCAGCUAAUGGAAGUUAUCUCUAAAGGCACAAAGAACCUCAAGUCAACAUCUGGUUUGAAGGCCUCCACACAGACCUCCACCUCCUCUGCCUCCUCUGGCACCAGGUCUUCAGCUGCCUCCACAUCCUCCUCUAGCCACACAGCAAAGUCAUCUGCUGCCUCCGCUGCCUCUGCUGCCUCGGCAUCUGCCACUUCCACCUCUCCUCAUACUUCCUCAAAAACAAGCAUCAAAUCUCAAACCGUGGCGACGUCCUCAGUCAUCAUCAGCAGUAAGAGUAGUAGUGGCUACACAUCCAGAGAGCAGGCCCCGCUUUCCCCGCUUUCCCCACUUUCCCCCAGUAGCCUCGGUCGCGUCGCCAGCAUGUCUGUCAACCUGGCGUCACCCGUAGCGACCACGGGUGAGCGAAACCCGGUGGGGGCCAUCUUUGACUCGGACAAACUGGAGAAGGUGAGUGUGACCGAGGCCAUGAGCCGCGGCCUGGUGGAUAACUUCACAGGGCAGCGCCUCCUGGAGGCCCAGGCGUGCACCGGCGGCCUGGUGUGCCCCACGUCUGGGCGCCGUCUUUCCCUGCAGGAAGGCCAGCGCAUGGGCCUUGUCGAUACGGACAUGGCCACCCGCCUUCGCCCUGCACAGAAGGCCUACGUGGGCUUUAACGAGCCCAGCCAGGGGGGGCGCCGCCUCUCGGUGGCAGAGGCCGUGAACGAGCGUUGGCUGCCGCAGGAGGCCGGCAAUCGCUUCCUGGAGUUUCAGCAGGCCACGGGAGGCCUGUGGGACCCGCAGGAGGGGUGCCGACGGAGCCUGGAGGAGGCGCAGGCCGAGGGAUGGGUGGACGCCCGAUCCGCCCAGAAGCUGGCCGACACACGGCAGCACACCCGCUGCCUCACCUGCCCGCGCUCCAGCCUUAAGGUGUCCUACGUCGAGGUCCUGGAGCGCUGCCUGCUGGAGGAGACCACCGGCAUCAUGAUGCUCCCUGCUGCGCACGCCUCCUCCAACCCAGGGUCAAGGUCGGGGUCGUGCUCGGGGUCGCGCUCAGGGUCGCGCAGGAACAGCGUUGACCUUCCUUCCUCUUCAUCCAUAUACACCAGCUAUAGUUACAGCUCCAGCUCCUAUACGAGCAGCCCCUGAAAAUUGUGGUGAUUUCGAGUUAAAUAAAGUCAAUAGCAAACAAUGCAGAAGUUCCAUCGCAAAAUCCGGGAGGGACUGAUAUCAAUUUACCUGCAUUCACACACACACACACACACACACACAUCAUUAUCACACAUUCGGUUUAAUAAUGUAUGCAAAUGCACACACUCACACACACAUUACACACUCAAAACAUUCAAAAAUGAUUGAAAGCAUAGACAGAUUAGAGAGGUUCAGUGCAACCAUAAGCACUCAUAUGAACAAAUAAGCAAAUUCACAGCCCUGCACACACACAUACACACACACACACACACCAUGAGGCCUUACCAAAUAAAAAUGUGUGUAAUGUAAUGGGCAGGGGGAAUUUCACAUUGCUGGCCUUAUUUGGUUAGAGCCUAUUUAAGCUGCUAGCCUAACUGUAAUUAACAGUCAGCCAGUGUCUCGGCCAAAGCCUAACACAAUGUUAAAGUGCACUUCUACAUUUGCUUCAGUAUAUUAUAUUAGGGGUCAUGAUCUUCUGCACACAGGCGCCUGUGGUUACCCAGUGUGUUAGCUGGAGGAGUUCAGCAUGUGGUGAAUGGGAGUGUGGGGUCUCGUUCAGUGUCUACCUGAAGUAACCUGAUAUGAGAGAAAUCCAGUAUUGUUCACGGUAUAAAUCUCUAUUAACCUUUUUCCAACACUGUGUAUUCAGUGAAAUGUGUGGGUGUGCUUGGGAACAUUUAGGUGUCCUCUGUCUGAUUAGGAUGAUGAUGAGUGCAAUGCAUUAUUUGGUCUGGUGAAGAACUCUGGUGCUGAUGGUGUUCAUCCCUCUUCCUGCAAUAACCUCGUGUCAGUGCAUGUUAACUAUGCCAUUCGGCUUCCUUAUCACUUUUAGCUUUUCCACCAUUAAUACAAAUGAUUAAAAAAACAUCUGUGUCUGUGUCUUUAUUUGGAGUGGUCAUGUUUCCUAGAGGGGUGAUGCUGAGCAAGACAAACACAAACAUCCACAGGGAGAGAGA